ACAACAAUUAACAAUCUCACUCCCUACUAACUUUACCAAGAUGGUAGCCUUCAACUUCUUGUGGAAAUUCUGCGUAGUUCUUACUUUCGGGCUCUCUGCCACUGUCACCUCUACUGAUGUAGCCCAAGAUCAACCCACGCAUAAAGCACUAGACAGCGGAAUUUCCGGCAAGGAAGACAAACAUGACACCGAACCAGUGGAAGUACAGGAAGAAGAGAAUACCAAGAUUGGAAAACACACUAAAUCCGUAGAGCCAGCCAUAUACUCUGUGGAAUGGCAUCUUUUACCGAAUCCCGAAAGCAGAGCAAGUCUUCGUGAGGAGUUGCCGUCUGACUUGGCUGCAAAGGUUCCAAAGGACUGCAACAAGUCUAUAGCGCCUCCAGUAAUGAACCGCAUUCUGUGGUAUUUCUCAUGGCGUGACCUUCAGUGGUUUCUGCUACCCAAGCCUGAAAACAGAGCUGCGCUACUUGAGUUGUUACCAAGUGAUGUUGCCGCGUUGGUUUCAAAGGACUGUAACAAGCCCGUAACCACCAUAGUGGAAAACUAUAUUUGGAAGUAUUUCAAUCUAUCUCCAGUUGACUGGUUUCUGUUACCCAAGCCCGAAAGCAGAGCAUGUCUUCGUGAGGAAUUACCAAGCGAAUUAGGCGCUAAGAUUCCAGAAGACUGUAAUGAGCCAAUAACACCUUUAGUGGAGAAUGAAAUUAGAAAACAUUUCUCGUCGAUGCACAAAAGGGAAAGGCCAAGCCUUUUCCUGUCACAUUAUUAGUCAAAUUAAACAGCCGACAUUUAAAUAUCAUAUAAAAACAGAAAUACCAUAAUAUCAUUGUACAUUUACAUAUAUCAACC